GGGAGAGAGGCCAAGGCUGUGAGGACAAACGGGGAGACGGUGGAAACAGAGAGAGAAAGAGAGGGUUAGCUGGUGGGGGUGGUGAAGAGAGAGAGCGAGAGAGAGAGAGAGUCAGUGAGGGGGAGGAGGGGGAGGAGAGGGAGGAGAAUCAGCCAUUUCCACUCACGAUCACGUUGCUCCUGCUUUUCUCCUCCGCCUCACUGUGUUCGGAGGUUUAGGUUUUGGAGGAGACGUGAAGGAACACCAGCCGGGAUUCUCUCACUCCCUCACCCGCUCACCCAUCUGUUCAUCCACCCCCUUCACCCGGAGGGAGGAGAGGGGACGGCGGCGGCAUCACUCCCCGGCCUCCCUCGCUCUCUGCUCGGAUUCCAGCAGCGCUGCUGCCCGCUAGAGUGAAGGAUGGAGUCGUCGGACGACGACACUCUGAGCGAGCGCUCCUGUGUCAGCGAGCCGUCCUUCCGCAGCGAGCGCUCGGGGGGCUCCCUGUCCCCCUGUCCCUCGGGAGUCGUGGGGCCGCCGGGAGACACUCUACCCUGGAACCUGUCCAAGCACGAACGGAGGAAGAGGAAGAGCCAGGACUCUGUGCUGGACCCGGCGGAGAGGGCGGUGGUUCGAGUCGCAGAUGAGAGGGACCGGGUCCAGAAGAAGACCUUCACCAAGUGGGUCAACAAGCAUCUCAUCAAGGUGAGGAAACACAUCACCGACCUGUACGAGGACCUGAGGGACGGACACAACCUGAUCUCCUUACUGGAGGUCCUCUCUGGAGUCACUCUGCUUCAGAAAAGCGGCCCUCCUCAGAAGAGGUCGUACGCCUCGCGGGCUCCUCCUCUCAUCCUCCUCCGAGGAGAGGAUGAGGAGGAGGAGGAAGGAGCUCAGGGACCCAGAGAAAAGGGGAGGAUGAGGUUCCACCGACUACAGAACGUCCAGAUCGCACUGGACUUCCUCAAACAGAGACAGGUCAAACUUGUAAAUAUCAGGAAUGAUGACAUCACAGACGGGAAUCCCAAACUGACGCUAGGUCUCAUCUGGACCAUCAUCCUUCACUUCCAGGUGGUGCCAUAUAUGCAGUUACUAUUUUGACCACUACAUGGUGCUGUGAUUUGACCUCUCUAAGUUGACAUUGCCACGGUGGUUGGUUGCCAUGGAAAUAGUAGUUCAUGCCACCAUGGCGACGGCUUGGGUGACUCAGCAGAACAGGCUGCUGCGGAGUGUGCAGUGGGAGGACAGAGUCAGAGGACGGGGGUCCUGGGGGACAGAGAGACAGAAUGAGGACGGAGGACGGCUGCAGGAGACCUGGAUUUAAGAAGAGGGUGGGGUGGGGUGAGGGUGGGGGGUGAGGGAGGGAGUGAGCCUGAGUUGACAGGGUUCAACAGAUGAUGACAGUUCUACAUUAGAGCUGCAGUGAGAAAACCCCAGUGGCAGAUCAGUGUUACUGCAGUCUGUGAAAUGACUGUCAGUCCAUCAGACCCACGUCAGACCUCAGCUAUUUAACACCCUGACCCCACCCUGACCCCACCCUGACCCCAC